ACAACUCUGAUGCACAGACAGCUGCCAUUUCUCUCUUCUCCCGCUUACAUUUCUCCCCUACACCGCCGCCCUCCUCCUUCUCCUCCUCUUGGCUAUUCCUUUUCCUUCCGUCUACUUUGGCCUGCACUUUUCCUCAGGCGCAUAUAAAGGCAGGUCCCGUUGGAGGGAGAGCGCUUGUGUAAUCUUGGCUGCACAUGAGCACCAGAGACUCAGCUGGAAAAGUUCACAUAAAGAGCUUGAGAAAGAACACCUCUGAGGUGGAGGAGAAGAGGAGCAAUUUGGAUUUAAGGUGCAGGAAGUCUAUGCAGACCAUGCCGGGAUCGCUGGUGCUGCUGCUGCUGUCCCUGCUGGUGCUGUCCACGGGAAGUGAGUCCAAAAGGAUCAGGAAAAGAGGACUCAACCAUAAGGACUACGAGUACCCCAACCACCCACAGUCCACACAGCACCAGAAGAAUGACCGCUGUCCACCACCACCUCAAAUGCUGCCAGAGAGGGCCUGUGAGGUGCCGGGCUGUCGCUCAGACUCGGAGUGUGAGCGCCACAAACGCUGCUGCUACAAUGGCUGCAUCUAUGCCUGCCUGGAAUCUGUUCAACCACCACCUGUCCUCGACUGGCUAGUGCAGCCCAAGCCUCGCUGGUUGGGAGGCAACGGCUGGCUACUUGAUGGCCCAGAGGAGGUGCUACAGGCUGAAGCGUGCAGUACAACAGAGGAUGGCGAUGAGCCUCUCCACUGUCCUACAGGCUACGAGUGUCACAUCAUCAACCCGGGAAACCCUGCUGCUGGCAUCCCUAAUAGGGGACAAUGCAUCAAGCAGCGUGCCAACUCUGAUGGACGAGGGCUCAGGCACAAAUUCUUCAAGGACUACAAGGACUACUUAGGUAAGUGAGGUACCAGUACAAACAAUGCGGUUGGCUACGAAAAACACCACAAGCACCUGGGAUGAAGAAUGGGUUUUUUUUUCCUGCUUUACCUUUUAUGCUGUAUCCGCUCUCAGACGAACCUGCAAUUUACCCCACCAGUUAGUACACUUGUGUCUUCACCACACUUGAGUCAGAAGAGACCAAAAGCUGCUACCUCCUCUCCGAGCAAAGCCCUGACGUCAGGCAUGUUACAAUCGCACAGCCAAAGAAAAAUGGUGCUUUUAGACAUUUUAUAUAUCAUCUAUCAGUACAGGACAAGGACAGACGAGGGAGUGUGUCAAAGCUGCUUACCAAAUAUCUCAAAAGUACAGAAAUGUUGUCUUAUAUUUCCAAGUCCACUCCAGACAUGUUUACAGAACAAUUAUCUGCAUCAAAUAAAUUGUACAGACAUCCUUUGUCCACAAACAAAUUAUACUACAUUUCUACUAGCGAUGGGCAUAAUAAUCGAUUAUUUGAUUAUUGCUUUAUCAAUUGUGCAGGAAGUGCACUACCUGGCAGCAGAGGCAAUGGUGAUUCAAUCUGAAAACAAGAACAUCAUGACAUCUACAUCUAUGCGUACAACUACUCUGGGCAAUACAACAUUUGGAAAUUUGAAAAGUUGAACCUCUGCUCUUCAGAUUUGUUCUCUAGCUUCUACAGUGCCUUAUCUGUAAGCAGCAGUUUCCUACAUCGCUUUUGCUGAGCACAGUGAAAGUACAUAAAGAAUGUUGUACCUUUAAUAACCUGACUCACCAGAUGGAUUGUUUCACAACAAAGUUCAUGAGGUUAUAAACUGCAGGAUAUAUAUCUUUUGCGAGGCUAUCUACCUUGCAAGGUUAAGGUUUUAAAGCUGGUCAGCAGAAGAAAAAAAUAAAAAUCAAGACCAUCUGGCCCAAGAACGUUCUCUUGCUCUCCGAAGGCCAAAUUUCCUGCCUUGAAAUUUGGAAUGCAAAGGGAUACUCUCCAGAUGUGGCAGUAAAUUUUGUAUAUCAUCUCAAAUCAGAUUUAUUUCAUAUAUACAAGCUACAUUUCAUGGAUCACAAUUGGCCUCAGAGUUUGACUUGGGGACACAAAUUGCUUAAACGUGUGCUACAUUAUCUGUAAACAAGCCUGAAAACGUGACGUGAUUGUGCCUCAUUGAUGUUGCUCAGGUUCUUUCUGUCUACAGUAAAAACGGAAUAAGCUGGUUUCCGAUACAAACACAAGAAUAUGAAUGUGUGAAACAAAAAAUGCCAUAGCCAUUAACUUUGUGGUGCUGCGUUGUUUUUACUGAAUAAAAUACAACAUGUGAAAAAGUAAGAGUUUUGAGUCAAUUCAAAAUAGUGUUGAUGCUUGCUUUGCUUACGAAUGUGAUCAUAAAAGACUUUUCAUACCAACAAUGUUGUAAAAGUGAGAAUAUACUGUAUGAGGGGUCUUCCACUGAACCUGUACCAUUUACCAUUUCCCCAGGAAAUAAAAUGUAUCCUUGCACAAUAAAAUGAGCUAUAAAAUAUGUUUUUUAUUAAGCAAUAUGUAUUGCACAUUGAUCUGAUUGCAUAUUUAAUAAAUCAAGUGUAAAAGAUUCAUUUAAACUACCUUGAACACUGGAAAAAUCCAAUUAGAGUCACCAAUUAGCCUAACAGGAGUACUACCCGGAGAAAGCCCAAGCAGAAAUUCGAAUUCAACCUCCUGACUGUGUGGCUAACAUGCUAACCACUCGGCCCUGAGUUUUUAUCUUCUUAAAAAAAAUAAUAAAAAUGUUAAAAUUCAUAUUGGUGUACCUGGGUUUUCACUCAUUCCUGUUACCUACAUUUUUUAUGUUAUUUGUUUAUUUGUAAAUACAGUUUUUGUGG